GGGAAGUGGUGAAGGAGGAGGAGUAAAGGCAGGUCUGGAGGCUGACUUGUGGAGCAGUAUUUCUUGGAGAGGAGCAGUGGGGGGGAGACACACGCCAAGUCUGCCCGGGAGCCGGAGCACGCUCAUUGAAUCCAGCUGUCUGAGAGAGGAAAAAGCGGAGCAGCCAGUUUGGCGGGGUUAUUUUGCUUUUUUUCAGUGGCAGGUGGCCCGUGCCCAGAGCAGCCGCAGCAGGAGAAACCCUCUCAAGUGACUCCCUGAGGUUGAAGCUGAGGUUUAUAGACUUGGUGGCUGUUUAGCAGCUUUUCUCUCCUCCCCAGACCGCACGCCAGGCACGAGGCAACCUCACUCCUCCCCUCUCCCAGACAGACAUCCCUGGGCUCCUGUCCAAAGAAUCACUGGCUCCAGUGUAACCAAGAUGAGGAACCCAAUCUGAAGAUAUUCCACAAGUUCCAGCUCUGUCUACAAAGGGAAACAAAUAUAGACAUUCAUUUUUUUUUUGUUCUAUCCAAGCGAUCAACUCCAACACCUUUGUGGGACUUAUAGAUUCCAUUUUUUGCUUGCUUUAAUCUUUUAAUCUUUCAUUCAGACAGAUGGACUGACAUAUGGACAAAAAGCGCUGCGGCGUGAAUGUAGCAACUGGUCUUCUCCCUGGUUACUAAAACCAGAGAGGGAUAAGCGCCCGACACAGAGUACCCUGUUCUCCGAGGUGGUGGGUGGAUGCAGCUGUCGGCUAUAGGGGAAAUCAGAGCUUGUGCUGCAGAGAUAGGUGUUCCACAACAUGCACACAAAACAGACUGUUCGGUGCAAGUAGAUUUUUUUCAGCUUGCCAGCUGUUAGACGUUGCAGGUUUUUGUGCAUGUGGAGUCUAUAUGAGGAUGGCAGAGUGCACCAGGACUGUAUAUGUGACACUGAUGCUGCUGUAUUUGGCUGUGCAGAGCAAAACGCACAGCAUCAACCCAAGGAUACGGCUCGCCUACAAAGAGCUUUGGCAACUCAACAGGACUUGGGUGUUCCAGGGGCACAGUGCAUUACUUCAGCACCACACGAUGUUGCUGGAUGAGGGCCAUGAAAGGCUCUAUGUGGGGGCCAAGAAUGCCCUGUACUCCUUAAGUCUGGAUCAGGUUAAUGCACAACACAGAGAGAUCCAGUGGGCCAGUACUGACUCUCAGAUAGAGGAGUGUCUGAUGAAGGGCAGGGAAAAGCCUGAGUGUGCAAACUACAUCAAGGUUCUGCAACAAUACAACCAGACACAUUUGCUGGUCUGUGGUACUGGAGCAUUUAACCCUAUAUGUGGCCUCGUCAAAGUGGGGCAUACGGGACAGGACAAGCUGUUCAGACUCGAAGAAGACAGUCUCAUGAGUGGCAGAGGACGGUGCCCGUAUGACCCCAACAGUCCAUGCACCUCAAUGCUCUCUAGAGGAGAGCUCUAUAUCGGCCUGUACACAGACUACUGGGAGAACGAUGGUGCUUUGUGUCGCCUCAACAAUCGGACGUACACAAGAACAGAGAGAGAUGACAGACAGCAGCUCAAUGAACCUAAAUUUGUUGGCUCAGCACUUAUUCCUGACAAUGAAUACAUUGAUGACGAUAAGGUUUAUUUCUUCUUCACUGAGAGAGAGACGAAUGCCGUGGAAACGAGCAAGGCUGUUUACAGCCGCAUUGGCCGAGUCUGUGCGAAUGACCAAGGAGGACAGAGAAUGUUAGUCAACAGAUGGAGCUCCUUUCUGAAGACCCGUCUUAUCUGUUCUGUGGCUGGGUCCAAUGGCAUCGAUACACAUUUUGAUGAUCUUGAGGACGUGUUUGUGCUCAAGAACAAGGACGAGAAGAACCCUGAAAUCUUUGGACUCUUCAGCACAACAAGUGCGGUGUUUAAAGGCUACGCUGUUUGUGUCUACCACAUGGAUGAUAUCAGAGCAGCCUUCAAUGGACCAUUUGCCUACAGAGAGAGACCUGAACAUCACUGGACACCGUACGAGGACAGAGUACCCUACCCUCGGCCUGGAUCUUGUGCCAGUAAAGUGAAUGGCGGUGCCUUCUCCAGCUCUAAGGAGUUUCCUGAUGAGGUUUUGCGUUUUGUGCGUUCCCAUCCCGUGAUGUAUCGUCCAGUACUUCCCCUGCACCGUAGACCUGUCCUGCUGCAAACUGAACCAGGGAGGAGGAAGCUGAUGCAAAUCGCCGUGGACAGAGUCCAAGCCCAAGACGGACACUACCACGUCCUCUACAUUGGCACUGAUGACUCAGUGGUGCUGAAAGUUAUCACCAUCUACAACAAAGACACAGACACUAUGGAGGAGGUGCUGCUGGAGGAGCUGCAAGUCUUCCAGGUGCCAGUAGUAAUAACACAAAUCAUCAUCUCAACAAAAAGGCAACAGCUGUAUGUGGGUUCAGAGGUGGGCGUGGCUCAGGUCAGACUGCAUCAGUGUGACCUCUACGGCUCUGAAUGUGCAGACUGUUGUCUGGCCAGAGACCCAUACUGUGCCUGGGAUGGCCUCACUUGCUCCCGAUACUACCACGCUGGAAUCUACACAAAGAGCAGAAGAUUUAGGCGGCAAGAUGUUCGCCAUGGCAACGCUGUCCAGCUGUGUAAUGGUCUGCAGAUUGAUGAGGAACAAUGGCAACGAGCAGAAGAGAGGAUGGCCUAUGGCAUAGAACACAACAGUACUUUACUGGAGUGCGUCCCUCGAUCACUUCAGGCUAAAGUCGUCUGGUUCCUACAAACACAGGGACAGAAACAAGAGGUUCGAGGUGAUGAGCGUGUUAUCCUGACUUCUCACGGGCUGCUGUUUUUACGUGUGAGAACAUCAGAUGCUGGCUUGUACGUGUGCCAGACGGUGGAACAUGGCUACGUGCACACCUUGCUGCGUGUCACUUUACACGUGGUCAGAGGUGAGAAGGUGGAAUCUGGGAUCAACAAGGGUGGAAAUGCUGAAGCUGAGGAGGAACACAAACCUCCCUGCCAGACCUCCUCGGGCCCCCAGCUGGGUCCGAGCACGAGCCCCAGAAGUCUGCUGCCACCCUCAGCUCACUCUAGGCUGUGGUAUAAGGAGUUCCUCCAGCUGAUUGGUUACGGGGAUGCCCAGAGGGUAGAAGAGUACUGUGAGAAAGUGUGGUGCUCCAAGAAUAAAAGCAAAAAGAUCAAGAAGAAGUAUAUUCUUGCAGGUGGUGAGAAAAAAGGGAAACGUAAGAGAGAGGAGAACUCCCAUCGAGCACCUCGGCACACCGUGGACACCUGAGGAGGACGAACACACACAUGCAUACACAGCGCAAAGGUCAGACUCACUCAGGGUUUGUGCCGCAUACAGCAUCUUCAAUGUCCUUUCAACCAGAGCAUGACCAUGUAAAACAACAUGAGCAGACUCCCCACGUGUUGAUCCGGUUGAUCAGGCUGCGUGCAUUUAUUUAAUAUUUUGCCUGAUUGUGUGUUGUAAAUGAUCUUCUGCUGCAGACUCGACUGUAAAUAUAGGUACGCUGGAGGAGUUGAAUGACAAAGAAAACCAAACUGCCUCUUACAUGAAGAGAUAGAACAUACAUCAGCCCCUGUGGAUUGACUUAGCGCAACACCAACAUGAAUCCAAAUGCACACAAAAACUGCUCAACAGAGUCGCUGCCCCCCACCUCUGAUGCUUAAAUUGACAAAGGCUUACCGUGUCACGAACAUGUUAAGAAACAAAACAAGAAAAUAAAGGGCCUUCAUACUGUAUCUACCAUAUUAACUUAUUUUCCUGGUUCCCAGGUUGAAUUGUGAAGUGGAUUAGAUGUGAUAAACUGGAAAUCCAGUGCUGUUUGUGUUUUGUGAGCAGUGUUGCCACAGUUACUUUGAAAAGUUACUUUUUACUUACUUUACACAGUUACUUCAUUAGCAACUUUACACAGUUACUUCAUUAGCAACUUUAUACAGUUAC